AAUAGGUCGAUUCAUGGAAUAUGGAGAUGAAGUCUUGGAGAAGUUGGUGUAUCUUUUGUGGGGUGAGGAGAAGGGAGGAUCAAAUGAAACCAGACUGAUCGUCGUUCGGCUCACCCACCUUUACUUUUUUUUUUUUUUAAUUUAUUUUUUUCACCCGUUACAGUUCGACAAGCCGAGGGACGCUCGAACUAUGUCAAGAAUGUUCUCGCAAAUACUGUCACGUGACAGCGUCACGCGGGGCGGCGCAAAGUCCCACCCGCCUGCGCGGAAAAGCGUAGCAGUUGUCUCCCAUCUGCCGGGGGGUAGGUCGUGGAGGCCGACAAUAAGCUCGACUGAAGUGAUGACGUGUGAGUCAGUUCCUGUCAUCUCUGACCGACGAGUCACCGCCGCGCAAGAGUGCGACCUAAGACGACCAACCCUCCCGUCACAGCCAGUCACCCGCAGCAGAUGUUUGGUUGGGUGGGGUGGUGGGACCAGCAAGACAAGGGGGUGGCGACCACUCCCCACCAACUCAAGUCUGGACAGGUUUGGGUUUCACGCUCAGCAACAGCCGCGCAAGCGGGAAUCCCCCGUUUUCUGCUGAUGUGGCAGUUAAAAAUAACCCUGACGUAAUGAUGGAGGGAAGGGAGGUGGGGGGGGAAGGAAUAUGUUUAGUUUAGGGUGGGGUGGGAUUGAAAGAGUCAACAAUGUUUUGUGUGUUUUCGAAGAAAUAAUUGAAUAACGUGGCAAACGAGAAAUGGUGAGAGAAGACGAGAUUCAGUCCCCCAUCCACCCCUCUACCCAGCCCCCGGUGUUGAAACUAUGCGACAGCUGGCCUAGCUUAGAACCUUACUUACCUGUAAUCGCAGUCAGUACCUGGGCUUUGUUCGAGACUUAACUGCGCCCCCUGAGAUUGCGAGGUCUCUAACCACCGACAUUAUUGUGCUGCUAUCAUCUUGAACAAAACCCUCGCCGAUAUCAGUCGACACACCAAAGCGAGACACAGAGCGGUUGGCACAAAAAAACGAAAACUGCAGUUUCACAGUUUCAUUCACCUGAUCAUCGACACAAACCACGUGCUGUCCUGUGAUAUCGGCGACCACGAGACUUGAACGAAAUCAGUUGGAGAUUUUUUUACCGGCGAUUUUGCGCAGCGUUUCAGUUGACUUUUAAACUUUGAAAACACUUGUGGAUUUUUUUUUCUCUCUCUCUCUCUCUUCCCCUCCCUAACCAACCUUGUGACUGUCGCUCCAUCUGUUGUUGCUGCGCGCUGGUCAGUGGUGUGUUGACGUCACACAGUGGGAAAUCCCCAGACCGCGACACGCGCGCUCGCGCAGGCGCGACCUCUGUCGAGCGGGACGUGAACUCUGUGAGGAAUCGGAAAGUACUGUGGAAUAGUUGCCCCCGUGGGUGGAAUUCGAUUGUCUGGCAGCCGAUCUUGGACAAGCGAAGGUACUGAAGGAUUAGUCAUAGUCACGUGAGAGAGAGAGGGAAGGAAAAAAAAAAGCUGACCUUCCUCCCCACCCCUCUACACACCUUCACCCCACCCAUCCUCCCAUCCCUCCACGCGCGUGCCGCUGCACUGCACCGUACUGGCUGACUUGCCCCCGCACCUUGAAGCGGCGCGACGUUUUUCUUGCACCUCCGCCGCGUCCGCCGCUGCAGUGCCCGUGCCGACCGUUGCGUUCACGUGCGGCGCCGCAACAAGCAGACAAGUUACAUAAACACAAAGGGGAAGGCUGUGCUGGGAACACUGCUGCUGCUGCUGCUGCUGAUGCUUGUUGACUGGGACGCAGACAACAUCCUUGACUCGCUCUCCUUGUUGAGAAAUGCGGUCUGUCUGGGUGGCGCUGUGGCUGGCUUCACAAACUUCUUCCGGCGUAACACGGAUUUGAUUCUCGCAGUUAGGGAGGGAGUCGACUCGUGCCAACAGGGAUUUCUCGCUCCGGACACGGACAGGUGGCAGCUGUACACACCGGGACCUCUUAUCACCAGAACUCAGAAUUCCAAGGGAGGAAAAGGCGAGGGAGUUCUGAAAUCAUUUGGAAUGGAUUCCAGAGUCGCGGACCUGGAGCUAGGGGAGAUGACGGCGAUGACAGUGACGCAGACGUGUCACGCGCAGCACCACAAGUGUCGCUCGUGCGAGAGGACUCGCAGCGUCAAAAUCCGCGUGCUUUCGUGGUUUCUCGCCAAACUCUCGCUGAUUCUCGUCAUUGUCAUCACCUCGGCGGCCUCUACUUUCUUCUACCACAAAAUCCUGCCAGACGAUGUCCAGCACAGCUACGCUACUGCCAGCAGUGUAGAUGUCAUCGCCGAACCACGGGGAGGCACGAGGGUGAACAAGGAAACGACAGGAACUAAGGACACGCACGGCGCAGUUGUGGACAACACGCGCAGUUCUCAUGGACCUGUCACCGCCGCUCACCUCAAGCUGGUCUUCGUGGGACUGGACAAAGUGCCCUAUCUGAGAAUGAUGCGUGAAGGUCAGUUCUUCACUUCCGGGGCAGUGCGCGAAGACGGCGGUGCGCUGCUUGUGACGCGGCAGUGCCUGCUGAUGAUUUCCGCUGACGUCAUCCUCAGCUCCAUGAUGUCCAAGGCCUCCAACGGGCCGUCCACGGUCAUGGUGUGUUUGACACUAGAGAGAGGGGCUGAGCCGUUGAAGCGUGUCCGGUGCGUGGUCACGCACCUGCGGGAGAGGGAGGAGCAGCUGGCGCGGGUGUGGACGCUGUUCAAGGCAGAAGCAGACGACCGGAUCACCGUCGAUUCGUCUUGGCCCUCCUACGUCAUCAGCGACAACGCCGACAACCGCCAGAGCAUCUUCACGGCCUUUGAAGUGGGCCGCUAGCGCAGGUGCAGAGGCAGGUUGCUGGGAGGAGGGGACAAAACUCCGGAGGGAGAAAACAACAACAACAACAACAACAACAACAAAGGGAGCGCGCUGUUUAUGCCAGCUUCAUUGCGCGCGUGUGUGCGUGUUGGUAGUUCAUGUCAAGAUGACGACAGACGAAAAGACUUGCAAGCCUGAUGACAGUCGAGGACCCUGACAACGGGGACGGUCCCAGAAGUCCCUGCCCAGGGACUCUGGUCGGCUUCAGAUGGAGAUCAGGGUAGGGUUUAGCCGGUUGAUCCUUUCAAGUUUCUUAAACAACAACAAACAACCAAGGAAACGUAAACCAUUUACAAAGGCUAGGUCACGGUUCAGCCCUAGGACUAAAUCCCAGUGAGCUGUGUACCCUACUUCUCGUGGGUGGCUGACACCAUGUUCUGUACCCGUAAAAAAACCACUAACCUGUAUGCGGAGAAAACCUGUACGGACUUCGUUCCAAAAACUAAAAAGAAAAUCACUGACAGUGUCUUUCAGAGAUCAUACAGUUAGUUUUGCUCAACAUGUGAUCAUCAAUACCAAUUUAGGUUAUUUAUUUUCUUUGUUUUGUUUUGUUUUUUUUUUUUUUAUUUAUUUUUUUUAUUAUUGUUUUUUAACGCAUGACCAUCUUCCACCAAAUGUCACCAUUCCUUUCGCCUGAUCAACGGGUGUGUCAGGAUGAACUGAGGCUGGCCACCUAAAACCAACCGGUUUCAAUAGUCGAAUGCAAAAGUUUGCCUAUUGAAUUUGCAAACAGAGACGAGAACAAAAGCCUCUCCUGUCAACACCUCAUGGCGCGGUCCUGUUGCGCAGUUCAACGGAUGUCGCGGUGUUCAUUUGCGCACAAACCUUCACAGUGACACCCUGGACCCUCUUCUGCGCUGCCGCCAUCGUCAGCAGCAUCCUCAGAGUGCUGCCUGUCUGCAAUCGAGGUGUUUGUGCGUGUCACCUGAGUGUUUUGACUUUUUAAGUUUUUAAAAAGUGUCGGAUGUCACUGAUUUGACCCACCCUGGCUUUUCUUCUUUUUUUUUCUUUUUUUUUUUCGGUUGUGUGGGUGGGAUUCAGGUGGUCUUCACCUUGAUGUGAGGCAUCUACCAGUGGUAACGGCCUGUUUUUCCAUCGGAAUAACCACAGUACCAGGCUUCUAGUCAGCAGCCAUGCUGCAUGUAGAGUAGCACUCAACAACAAAACAACAACAACAAAUAUUUGCAUCUGAUAGUGUGUAGUAGUAGCAGGCUGUAACAACAUGACACAUCAUGAAUGACUGUACUUCUGGGUGGACUUUCUGGCCGAUAACAGCAGCAACAUCAGCAGGCAGAAGGCACGUUGCAGAUGAGCUGCCAGGACGUACGGAGGACCAAGUCUGCAGCGCCACGCGCACCCGACGUGCGUGACCCCACCCUGGGGUCAAGGUGGGCUACGAAACUCUUACCUGUGCAGCGAAUGUGUCCCGCUAUCACAGACAGGCCGCCGCAGCAUGUGUUAUUUUUAUAUUUGUGAAACGAAACUGCAUUUUGUAGAGCUUUACUAGUCGUAAUCCCCUCGUUGAUCGUGGGAUUUGUCCGGCUAGGCACUUGUGCGCAUGUUGUGUUCUAACCGCCAACUGUCUGUAUGCGAGCGUGAUAACGUGCUGGUACAUGCGUUCUAUGCCUUAUUUCUCGACCACAGCGAUAUUUCUGUGCCUAUAAGACUAUGUGGACUUUCGGUGCUUUUGAUUUUUCCUCCUUUUUGUUAAAAAAAAAUGGGGGAAAGGAGAGGUGAUCGGCUGUUUAUUCAUCAUACCUGGAGAUAUGAUUGUGCGUUCAAAGGUUAUCAAGAGCCGUCAUCCCUCCACCCCACUACCCCUAACUCCACGCCAGCAGACUCGCCAGUAUUUGUGUUUAAAAGUGUGUUGAUGUUUUUUGGGGAGAGGGGUUACAAACCCACUUGUCUCUGUGUAUGUGAGAGAGGAAUGAAAGAAAAGGAGAGAAGCGAAAAUAGUAUUGAUGCCACGAUGCUUGUUGUAAUCACACCCCGCUAUAGGUUGUUUGUCCCAUUUUCAGCCAUGAUAUUUACUCUUAAAUUGACCAUCUCUUCUUCACCCACACCCACAUCCCCAGCUGACCUCUCCCCCCAUUUGCCAAACGGGGGUCACGGACAUCUUGUGCCAAAGCCAGCGUGUGUCGGAUAUUUGUUCUGUUUGUUCAUUUUCACUCUUGGAUUGUGCGACGCAAAGUCGUUUGAAGUUGUUGCUCUUGUCUUUCUGAGGAUACCGAGGAUGAAGCUACAGAGGGUGUGCAAAGGGCGGGUACUAGGGAAGUAAUGAUGACCUCAAGGUGUGCACGUGAUGACAUGGUGACGAGGUGCAUUUCGUGAAGUGGUCGCCGGUGUUUCUGUCAAGAGUGAAAAAGUUUCCACAAUUAUUUAUUACAAUUAUUUAAUAUAAUUUAUAAUAAUCAUUUUUGAUUUUUACAUGUUGGAAUAUUGCUUUUAGAUUUUUUAGUUGUGCACUGUGCUGCUGUGUGUGUACAUACGUGCGUGUGUGUGUGUGACAGAGAGAGGGAGAGUAAAAACGAUCACAUUUUUGAUUGAGUCUUGGCGAUAUAAUGUGUAUGCCUAUGUGCUUUUUGUGAAGUCAUUAUUUUACGAUGUUUGAUAAAGCAAAAUAAUUUUCGUUGGCAAAAUAAUGUAUCAUGCCCUUUCGAGAUUCAUUUAACUGCGUUUGUAAAGCUAUUUGUUGCUUCCAAAAUGAAGUAUAUAUUUUCUUAAAUCUACUAAUGAAUAAAUAAGAGGUAUAAAAAGGACGUUUAAGAUAAGGUGGAGAUAUUAAUGUCCAUUAGAACUGCCCCCCUUCUUUCUAUCUUUUCUCCUCACCCACCUCUAUAUGUGUCAUUUUCAUCCCACCCUUCUCUGGUUUUAGAGCUAGAAAAUAGCAUCUUAUUCAUUGUUAUGUGUCUCCCUGCAUGUAUCGCUGCUUUGUUAGAUGAAAGAGGAAAGUGAAAUACGCCCUAGCAUGCCCACCCCUUCCAUGUGUUCACUUUCAGAUGUGAACGCUUGUUUGCUACUGUGAAUAAGAUACUCGAUGUUCACUGUCAGCAAGAACAAUUAGAAAAGUUUCCAGAGGACAUCUGUAUUUUUUU